UCAACGCCGGCUCCUCAAGGGUCCUCUCGGCGGCCACUUCUAGAGAAGACGAUGAUGACUCGAGCAACAAUGCGAGUAGUGACUGCAAGAGCCCGGGCCAAAGAACAAAGUCGAACCAGCGAUGGAUGAAGUUACGGACGACGGUGCAGCUGAGCUCGGCGAUGCAAAUGAAAAAGCCCCCGCUGAAGAGAGAAGACUCGUUUCUGAAGAAAUUCUCCACUCGCCACAUACCGGAAACACAGGAAACUGUAGAAGACACAGGGUCGGAAGGGGCGACCGGUGACCACAGGUCAACGAACCGACAGCGGCGGCGGAAGGUCCGAGCGCCGAGGACCGUCGUCAACCCUGAUGAGAACUUCUACUUCUAUUGGCUGUGGGUCAUCACUGCGUGCGUGCUGUAUAAUCUGUGGACGCUGAUUGUGAGGCAGAGCUUUCCUGAGUUGCAGAUAAUGUUCCACGUAUUCUGGCUAACGUGCGACGGCAUCAGCGACGCAGUUUUCGCGUUGGACCUGGUCGUACAGCUGCGUACAGGAUAUCUGGAACAAGGACUUAUGGUGUAUGACUCCAAGAAAUUAGCCAAGCACUACCUAACGUCGCGCUCCUUCCUUCUCGACAUCGCUUCGUUGACACCCCUGGAUCUUCUGCAGCUCAAAAUCGGUGUCAACCCUAUUAUUCGCUUCCCUAGAUUUUUUAAGGUAUACAGAGCCGUAAGCUGCUACUACAUCGUUGAGUCCCGGACAGUGUACCCCAACUUCUGGCGGGUCAUCAACCUCAUCCAUAUCCUGCUGAUCCUAGCACACUGGUUCGGCUGCUUCUACUUCUUGCUGUCCGAAGCUGAAGGGUUCCAGGGCGACUGGGCCUACCCGCACCGUCCUGGCGACUAUGCGACGCUCACCCGAAAGUACCUGGGAUCAUUAUAUUGGUCCACCCUCACUCUCACCACCAUUGGCGACCUUCCCACUCCGGAGACUAAUGCUGAAUACGUGUUCACAAUAGUGAGCUACUUGAUCGGGGUGUUUAUUUUCGCUACUAUUGUUGGACAAGUGGGCAAUGUCAUCACAAACAGGAAUGCGAACAGGCUGGAGUUUGAACGACUGCUUGAUGGUGCAAAGACUUACAUGAGGCACCAUAAGGUUCCAGGAGGCAUGAAGCGGCGGGUACUUCGUUGGUACGACUACUCCUGGUCUCGAGGAAGAAUACAGGGCGGUGGUGACAUCAACACAGCUCUAGGCCUCCUGCCUGACAAGCUCAAGACGGAGCUUGCAUUGCAUGUCAAUUUGAGCGUUCUUAAAAAGGUUACAAUUUUCCAAGAGUGCCAACCCGAAUUCCUGCACGACCUCGUAUUAAAGAUGAAGGCCUACAUUUUUACCCCAGGGGACUCUAUCUGUAGGAAAGGCGAGGUUGCCAGAGAGAUGUUUAUAAUAGCCGAUGGCAUAUUGGAGGUUAUAUCGGAAACUGGAAGGGUGCUCACAACUAUGAAGGCUGGAGACUUCUUUGGUGAAAUAGGAAUUUUGAACCUAGAUGGACUUAACAAGCGUACAGCAGACGUGCGUUCCGUGGGAUAUUCAGAAUUAUUCUCGUUGUCUCGUGAAGACGUAUUGGCAGCAAUGAAAGACUAUCCAGAAGCACAAGAUAUUUUGCAGACUCUGGGAAGGAAAAGGUUACAAGAAGUAAAAAGCAUGUCAAGGCAAAAGGUCAAAGGUAAAGGAGACCUCAGCCCUGAUAAAGGUGGAGACGACAAAACUUCAAAAAGAAUAGUUCACAAACUCCGCAGUGAUGUCAAGGGUAUUCGGAAUGCUAUUCGUAGCAGAUCUAGAGCAGGUCGGCGUUCAGGUGAAUCAUUGGAACUUCAAGCAUUGACAGGUGAAAAAAGAUCAUCUGUGGACGGAAAAACUCUCAAGAGAAUGGCUAGAGUUGAAAGCGAUGAUUCACAGCAUAUAAAUCAAGAUGACACUGGAGAAACGACGUCCGGCAGUAAAAAUGGAGAGAAAUGCAUAUCACCUAUUGGAGCCGGUCUACCAUUAUUAUCUAGAUUAAAAUUGCUGAAAGAAAAACAGGACCGUGAGGAAAAAGCUGCAAAGCAACGGCAUUCAACAUCAUCUGUUGUUUCACCUCAACCUCAACCGACACCAUCUACAAGUUCAGGACCCCAUAGUGAGCCCGAAGUGAUUGGUGCAGGAUUACCACUCCUGCAGAGGCUUCUGUUACUUAAAGCCAAAGAAGAACGAGAAAAAAAUCAGCUAACCCCAAUGAAUAGCAAUCAAGCAUCAAGUUCAGAUACCAUUAGCCCUAGUUCCAUAAAAAGUCCUCUAAGCCCAACCAUUAAAACAUUAAGCCCCAUUAGAAAAGGUUCUGAGUCUAGUUCACCGGGAAAACUUCACAGUCCAACUGCGAAGAAUUCUCGGAAAAAUUCCUCAGGGUCUAGUGACGGCACAUCAAAACCCAAAGUUAGCUUUAGAGAUAAAAUAUUACAAGUUCAAGGUGACGGAACGGCUGUUUGUCAACCACUCAUGAAAGAUGCCAGUGAAAAACCUGCAGCUGUCGUUGAGCCAACCCCGAAAACCGAAAGUAGCUUAAUCUCGAUUCCCCAUUCAGUUGUCAGUAAAAUAAAGUCGCCUGCUAAAACAGUAGGAUCGACUUUCCGAGAUAAACUAAAGAUGUUACAAAGCGGAAGCUCCCCAAAAGAGUCAGGAGUAAGUUCACCAAAGGACGUAAGUAUUGAUAAAAGUAAAAUUCCGCUACAAGAAAAAACAUCAGCAGAAAUUUCACCUAUCCAGCAAACUGAACAUAAAGAAGAGACUAAAGAGACUAAACCUAAAAAACCGUGGACGAAAUUAAAGAAAGCUGCAAUCCUAGGAGAGUCAAAAAGUCAGAGUAUAUCGAACGAGGAAAAGAAGGACGUUGAAAUUGCGAGCCAAGAAGUAAAAGAAGAGUGUAAGCCAGAGGCUGCUGUAAAUAUUUGCGUGCCUAUAGUUACAGCGGAGCUUGUUAGAAUAGACAAUAAUAAUGUUGACGUUGAUAGUGAUAAUUCUAAGCAAGAUAAACCUAAGAUAUGCUUAACAGGCCCUUUGGAACCCGUCCAAGAAAAGUCUUUAGAUUUAUUAACAUAUUCUCCAAAGAAAAAUAUUGUCGCAAAACCAAGUGAUCCUAAAAAUUCUCACUUUACCGGAGGCAUGCUUUUGCCAAAAGCUAAAAAAUAUAGAUCAAUCGACGAUCUUUCGCCAGAAUAUGGAGGAUUACCAUUCGUAAAGAAAUUGAAAAUUUUAAACGAACGGCAAAAAUUAGCAGAAUUAGAAAAGGUAGUUAAAUUUCGCAGUUCUAGUUUAGACUGCACUAGUUCUUCGGAAGACUUAUUAUGUGAUACUCUAACCCGAAGUCAUUCUGAAGGCAGCACUAUGGAUAAAAGAAAAUAUAAACGAAAAUCAAUUGAUUCCCUUGGAAGCCAUGGAUCGAAUGAGACACUAGAAAGGCGAACUCUCAAAUCCAUUCUUAAAAAGUUAUCAGAAGAUGUUACCCCUGCUGAAAGUCCUGAAAGAAGUAAUGAAUUGAAAAAACUAAUACGAGCUCCAACGUUAGAGGGAUACGUAGCAAGACAUUCAAAGUUUUCUAAAAGUGUUACAUUCCAUAGACACACUUUGCCUUCACCCCCUGCAAGCAUUCCUGUUGAUGCCAAAUGUGAAAUAUUCCAAAUGCCAGACGUAAGAAAUGAAAUGAAUGUUCCUGAAGUCCCUCCUGCAGAGGUAAGUAUGGAGAGAGUUCCAGAGCCUAUUGAACCUAGUACUCAGAUAGUGCCUCCAGUUACUGAAGCAGUCGUCACGGAAGACAUAGAUAUACCAAUACAAGCAGAUUAUGAUAUUAAACAGAAUAUUGAUCCUAUGUAUGGAUUUAAAACAUUAAGACCUGAAGAAAUCAAAGUGCCUUCAGAGAAACCUAAACUGACUCUUAUUUCUGCUGUAGCCAAUCAACGGAAGUUACUGCGAGGAUCUCUAGAAGAACAAGAGUAUUUCGGCGAAGUUCUUUUAGGCAUAAAACAAGUUAUUCAAGGUCAUUUACAUGAUGUUCAAGGAAAAUUUCAAGAUAGAUUCAAUAGCCUAGAAAAUGAGGUGAGAAAACGUGAUGAAAUAAUCAGUCAACUUCAAAAACGUAUUCAAGAGUUAGAACGACUUGGCUUGCCAGGCAUCAGUCCGACAGAAGAACAAGUAGAACUCCCACAGCAACCUCCAAGUGAACUAACCGAUGAAAGUACAGCACACAUACAACUUUGUAAAAAUGGCAGCUCUGGUAGUGAAGACAUUUCUGGUGCAGAUGAAGGUUUUAUGAGAGGUGAUUCACUAGAUACAGUUUUCGCGACAUCUCCACCUACAGUAAGUGCGGAAGAGGAAGAAAAAGAAGUUCCAGAACCAUCAUCAUCUCCUAAAGAAAUUUUAACCGCCGACGACAUUUCAGAAGAAAAGCUUGCAGAAAUGACGGAAGGAAUAGAAUUAGCAAAAAUGUCAUAUUCAGAAAUACAAAGCUUAGCUGAAAGAAUAUCAAGCAGAACAGAAAAAUCUUACUCGAAUAAGGAACAAUGGACAGUGAGCAAGUCCAAAAGGCUAGAUUUAAAUUUAGAUGGCAAAGCUGGAACUUAUUCGAGAAAACGGGCAGCGAAAUUGAGACACAGGAAGUCAUGGGAGGACCAAAGUGAUCAAGAAAGCAUGGAAAUGCAAGACUUAACGAGGCCCAUAUCUCCUCACGGGACUUCGGAGGAUCGCUCUCUGCUGAGUCCAGAACAAUCAAGCCUGAGAACCAGUAGACGCAGCAUGCGGCCUUUCCAUUUCUUCGGCUCACAUCUAGACAGCACCAAGUCAAAAAUAAAGAAGACCCUUUCUGUCGACACUGGAAUGCAUCAUACAGGAACGAAAGAGAAAAUUGAUUUAGGUCGGCAGCGGCACCACCGCAAGUUUAGUCUUGGCUCAUUCUUCGGGUACCAUCGCGGUUCUCAUUCGAGUCAGAAACCAGCACAUAACUGCAACGACGUCGUUCUUGACAUUGGGAGCGACUAUAGUUGGAGUGACACGAACUCAACAUCAUCAAGCAGCGAUUCAGAAUCAAUGCCUCGCACGCCAGUAUUCGAAGAAUUUGUGGAAAGCAGUUCAAGAAGAGGUAGAGCCAGUAGUUCUAGUCACGGAAGUUUUUCUCCCAUUAGAACGAUGGCUGGAAGUGGCGGUGAUUGGGAAGUGAUGAUGUUAGCCGAAGAACUGGACAAAAGGGAACGAGAGAAGGAACGGGAAGAAAAUAGGAGGCACCACUAUUCCACUACUCUACGAGAGUUAGAAGAAGAAUCCGACACUCCACAGCGUGAAGACAGUCUGGAAGAAUAUUCCAACAUCGAUGACUCCAACUCCUCGUCUACCACGCACCUUCUCUCCCAGUCCAUGAGUGAUCCCUCGCAGAGAUCGCUCGAGACUUCGUUCACUGAACGCAGCAGUCGAAUGAGGAGAGAGCCGAGGCAGCAGAGAGGGGGGUCCGUUGGAGAGCCGAUCCGUUCAGAAUCUCCACUAAGACAGCGAGGGUUGAUCCUGCGGGCAGCCAGUCUCGAUCGUGAGACCACACCAGCGCCCGCGCAAACCCGCCGCUUCGGCUCUCUGAAGAGUGCCAGUACGGACUCCCACAAGAGACUCUGAUCCGCUUCGCCACACGGAUCGAACCGUGGGUCCGCUGACAAUCGUGCAAACGCUCAAACUUGUAAACAAACAAAUGACAAACAUUCAAACGAACAGGGAAAUGGAGGUGAAACCACAAGAGAGAGAGGCAUAGUUAGGAACGAACGAGAGAAUGAACUUAAUAUAAAUUCGAAUGUAGAUAACGGCGACCGGACGGUUGUCGGUCAAUUAUAUGUGGUGAUCAUUUUGUUCUACGAAGAUCACGAUUAUUUGAUAUUUUUAGUUGUAGAGUAGUUCAAUGACACCUUAAAUGGUGGAUAUUUGUUUUCAUUUAAAAUUAGUGUAUCGCUGUUUCAAGUGACUGAUGUUAUGAUCAACUUGAAUUAUCAGCUGUUAAUAGCGAUAUCAAAGACAUUUUAAAAGGUGCAGUAAAUAAUGAAAUUACCGUAAUUAGAAAUAUUUUUAGUGUAUUAUUCUUCGUAUUUUAUAUUUGGUGAGACCUAUUUGAAAAAAAUAAACCGAAUCAUAAAAAUAUAUUAUGUACCUAUCGAAUAAUAAAAUCGAAUUUUAAAUAAUUGUUAUAGUUUUCUAUCUGUAUCAAAGUGACUAGGUAAUGUUUAUUAUGCAAAUUUUAAAUGUCGUUCGUUUUUUGUGCCCUUGAUAAUGAUUUGGUAUUUUGGAUGAAUGCACAAAAAUAAUAAUAUUAUUAUGUGUGUAUUACCGAAUGUAAGAGUUAUAUUUUAAAAAUAUAUGUCAAGUUCCUAGAAUAUAUUUUUAUUUGAUCAUAAUAUCAAUAAAUAUGUUUUAAGUGAACUAUGU